UUCCUUGGUCUUAAUGCUCUUGUGCUCACUUCUUUACAGUGUGACUGCGAUCCAGAAAUUUUGACAGGUAAAACCACCUGUUCAUAUAUUGCUAAGUAAUAGCUUUUUAGUAUUAGAUUCAGCGACCGUCUAUUCAAUUUAUCUUCAUAUUGGUAUUUAAGCCUGAUUUGCAUCAUUAUGCUUGACAAAGGGAAUGAGGGAAGCUCCAAUAGAAAAUUAUUGGAAGGUAAAAAUACUUUGAAGAUGAACCUGUUUUCGUGCAAAUUUUCUGGAAUUCUGAUGUCAGUGGUAAUAUGCAUGCUUCGCUCCGUAGCCUCUCGACUCUCCUCUUUCUUUGCUGUUUGUGUCAGAGAGGUCAGAUAUGGUCCUGUGCCUGUGUCCAUGCCUUUUGUCGAUACAGGUACCAAUUGGCUGUGUCUGAAGUGCUGUAUCCAGGUCCUUGGACGUAGUGCAAGUAUGGGGCCUGUUGAAGCUUGGGCCUGCUUAUUUAUUAGGUCCUCUGAUGGAAUGUGAAUAUGAGGCUUGCAAUUUGAAAACAAUGUUACUCAUGACCCCGGCUGUGAGGCUAACAGAGUUCCCAACAAGGGGUUUCUUUUCUACCCUCGGCUGAAUAAUACACAGAAAUGACCCUUGGUGAAAAGAUCUUAUAGCUGUUCUAAGGUUUGGGCAUUUUAUUUUCAAAAAUUGUGGACAGUUACUUUCAAAACUGUGCUAACCCAAUUCUGAAUAAGUUGGUCAGGAGGAUAUGCUUAUGUUCCCGUGACAGCUUCAUGGUUCCUCAAUGUUGAUAUCAAAGGCUUCAGCUAAUACGUAGUGCCCCUUUAGCUGAGUUUUUAGCGUCUAUUUUGUUUCUGGUUGUGUGCGGGCAUGCACAUCAGCAUGUAACUCUUUUUUCUCUUUAUUGGGGGUGGGGGGUUGGGGUGGGGUGUAAGGGCGUUGGUGGUGGAGUUUGGUUUAUCUGGGAUAUGGGUCUAGAAAAUGGUGGCUUUAUGCUUGAUUGAAAAAAGUGACAUCAAUUUUCACAGCCGUUCUGGAGGGAUAUGGUAUGUGGUGUUGAUUGUGCUGUUAAUUCACUCUUACAUAACUAAUGCUGGUUCAACUGGAAUAUGGAGUGAUAUGCAGAUAUGCAUUAUCAGUUCA